AUGACCCGCCUCGCAUGCGCCGAGCUCGCCGCGAUGUGCACCUCGUACACCCACCUCUGCUGGGCGCACCACCGCGUUGGCUACGACCUCGGGUACCCACGCAAGCUUGCCUGUGUGGAUGACACGCCAGGGUCUUCGAUCGAGGAUGGGCUCAACCCCGAGUUCCCUCGCAACGGCUCGGCGUUCUUCAGUGGUACCGCUGCCUCAGGCAGCGGAGACUGGAAGUGGCUACUGACAGAAGGUGGACAUCACACGACCUUCGGAGGCAAGCAAGGCUUCACCCGAUGGCCGUCCACGCCCGUGGCCCCCUUGUACGAUGGCAGCGGCGCGCUUGCCAGCGUCGUCCACCAGGAGCGUGGCUGGGCCUACGUCCUCUUCCUCCGUGCCGGCCACCUCGUCCCUCAAGGUGCGCCCACCGCGGUGUUCCUCGUAACCCCAUCGUUCGUUUCUCCUCCCUGUGUCGAGCUGCCUUCGGCCGCAGCGUGGCGUUGA